AUGUCGUCGUCGUGCUGCGACAUAAGCUCGCAGAAGAGCUCAAAGCCAGAGCCCAAGAAUGCGCAUGAUUCAGCAUCAAAACGCUGGCCGCAGUUGCAAAAUCACUACCUCGUGCCCUUCGUAUCAGCCCUUCUCCACGGCUCCUGCUGCUGGCUCCCGGCGCUGCUAGACGUACUCGCCAUCGGGUCCGCCUCCGUCUCGACGAUCCAUCGCCUGCAGCCCAUCUUUUUGACCAUCACUCUAGUUCUCCUGGGGGAUAGAUUUCGUCGCAGGGGGUUGACGAGGGAUAACCUACUGCAUGUUGCCUUUACUUGCGUGUUGCUGGGCUUGCCGCGGGUUCUCGAGGCCUUCAAGAAGCCUCAGCCUGUAGCAGGCCACAGUGGCCGAUGUCAUUGA